AUGAUUCCAAUUUAUAAUUUUAAGAAAGAAUAGAAAUAAUUGAUAGAAUUGCUGGAUCAUAAUUAGAUAAUCCUGAUUGCUUAUUAAGGAUAAAAAUUAAAUAAAGACUUAACAUAUAUUUCUUAAAUGGAAAACAAGAAUUUGAUUAAAAAGUUUAAGGGAAAAUAAAUGAAGACUUUUAAAAUGUAUAAUUUCAAAUAACAAAAAUUAUCGAAAAUUUUAAUAAAGGAAAUAUUAAAAUGCAAUACUCAAUUCAGUAAUAAAAUUUUAAAUGCAAUUUAUUAAAUAAAAUAUAAUAAUCUGAACUAUGCUAAGCUUUAAGCUUUAAUAGAAAUAAUAAAUUAAUAGCAACAGCAAAAAAGAAUGUAAUUGUUAUAUGAAGUUUUUAACAAGUUAAAUGAAUCGUAUUACAGAUUUAGAGGAAUAUGAUUAGGAAAUAAGCCGUCAUUUAAUUGAUAAGGAUUCUGAUACUUUAAUUUCUAGUGAUGGAGAUAGUGAUCGCCUAAUUAUCCUUUGAGAGUAUCUUGGAAAUAAUAACUGGAGGCAUUUAACUAGAAUUUCAAAUGAUGUAGGAAUUAAAGUUCUGGUUUUUGAUUCAAUCAGAAAUUUGUGAAUUGCUGGAUGUUAAAAAAUUAAAAUUUUUACUUAUUAUCUAAAAAUACCUUUCAUUUAUUUUGAAUAAGAAUUUAUAUAAGAAUCAAAAAAAGUAAUUUUUGGAAUCAGCCUUAAUAAUUCUUAAUAAAAAUUACUAUCAUGUGGAGCAAAUAUGUAAUUAAGAGUUUUUUCAUUUGAUCCAUAAUUCUAAUUCGAAUGUUGUAAUUCUGCAGGAAUGA